CUGCACAAGGCAUGCCGGGAAGUUCUUCCUCACGCGAUUCAACAUGCCUGCCGGUGCGUCGUAUUCGUUGCCAAAAGAAGAUCCUAGAAGGCCCGCAAAAAUCUUCCGAUACAAGCCGGUGACUAGCAAGCCUACAGAUGAUCCGACAGCAGAGUAUAUGAACCUUCUAGGAAUGAUAUUUAGUAUGUGUGGGCUCCUGAUGAAGCUCAAAUGGGCAGCAUGGGCAGCUGUAUAUUGUUCAUUCAUUACUUUUUCCAACUCACGCUCGUCAGAGGAUACCAAACAGAUGUUCAGUAGUUUUCUAUUAUCUGUCUCAGCUGUUGUGAUGUCAUAUCUUCAAAAUCCACAACCAAUGGCCUCAACUUGGUAGCAGGCAUAUCUUUCAGUUCACACAACAAACCAUUCAUUGGGAUUCAUCUGGGAUCAAAAUAAUUUGCCUGUUGACAUUUUACAUGCUUUCUACCAGCCCUAAAUUGCACAGAAUCUGAGAAUAACUUAUUACAGAUAGAACCAGGAAUAAUUAUGCUGUAGAGAACUUUUUUUUUUCAUGAUUGUGUUCUAAGUCUUGUGUUUUAGAGUUUCAAGCAGUAUUUCACAAGUAUGGUUUAUAGAAGUGUUUGUUAUUUGGUCUUGUACCCAGGUCUUCUCAUCUUCUCCUGAAGGAACCUCUCAUAUUUGUAAGAUCCAUUUUGAUACAAACUGUAUUAGUACCAUGGCAUGGCCCAUUGGAUGUACAACUGUACUAUAAACUUGUAAAUGCUUUUGGUCACAAAUUACAUGAAUGUAAAUCUGGUUGAAUCUAUUAAUAAACUAUGAUAGCUACAGUCAAAAUUAAUCCUACAGUACAUGGCCAGUGAUUCAGGAUAACAGCUUCUUGCAUCUGUUUGUCUUACAAUGAUAAAGUUUUCUCUGAGAGCAAGAGAUUUUAGCUUUGGGAAGUACGAUGACCAGUUUUCAAUCCUAAGUUUCUGUGAUGGGUGGGUGCUUGGGUGUCCAAGGCAAGCUUUGAUUCAGUAAUUAUUUCUGAAGCCAGCCAUUAAGUAAACCAUAGGUCACAUUUGCCAUCAACUCUGGGCUGAGGAUUACAGCCGCUUUAAAUUAAUACCUACAUACACCUUUAUUUUAUUCAAGCUAGGUUAACACAGUCAGUGUCAAAAGAUGAUUCUGUUAUCCAAAGCAGCCCUGGAAAUGAAACUUAAUAGCUUUUUCAUAGACUGUGAAAAUCAUGUGGAACUUUUUCUAAAGCAUUUUAAUGAGCUCUUUUGAUGACAUUUCAUUCAAUGACCAAAUUAAACUACAGGUUCCCCUUUUAAUAACCUUUGUUCUGCAAUAAAGGAGGUCAGGAACAUAAAA